AUGGAUACUAUACGAGUCAGUGGUUCACCUGUACCCUUAGACUAUGAAACCAUAAAAAUCACGCUCGGUCGAUGUGCAGAUACCGACAUACUGAGCACAAGAAAUGCCCUCCAGUCAACUGGGAAUCAUGGAGCUACUGUCACGUUUCGAAGCGAGAAAACUUUAACCGAUAUACUUGAGAGAUCAGGGAUCCGUCGAGAUCGUGUUCUUCAGGUUGAUGGUGAUUUUGAUGGGAUUACGGUUCUGUGUGCUCCCCAGAAGAUAGACGUCGAGAUAAUCAGUAUUAUUGCCGUGCAUGGGUUUGGCGGUCAUGCUUUCAACAGCUGGGUCUAUAGGGAGAGAGAUGUGAAAACGAUGUGGCUCCGCGAUAUCCUGCCUGAGGAAUUCCCAACAGCUCGCAUCAUGGUUUUUGGAUACGACUCUGGGAUUUUCACUCGAUCUACGGCGAGUGGUACUGACCUAGGAAAAGCCCUCCUUGCAUCCCUGGCAGCCAAGAGGCAAUAUGAGAAUGCUCAAGACCGACCGAUUCUAUUUGUCGCACACAGCUUUGGGGGAAUUGUAGUCAAGCGCAAGGCUUUGGUUACAUCGCGCAACCAAAAUAUAUACCCUGAGAUUGAGAAGUCAACCCAGGGCAUAAUAUUUCUUGGUACACCUCAUCGAGGAAGUGACAACGCAAAAUGGGGUCAGAUAAUUUCAAGAAUUGGAGCAAUUGGAGGAUCCACCCAAACGGAACAUUUGAACGUUCUCAGGCAAAAUUCACAGGCAUUGCUCGAGUUGUCAGACACCUUCCUCGACUUGGCGAAAAACCCGAGGUUGCAGACUGUUAGUUUCUAUGAGACUCAAAAAAUGAAGGUCAAAGCCUGGAAAAGUGUCAAGGUUGUCGAACAAUUCUCCGCCGUGAUGGGUUUACAAAACGAGAGUUCGUUCCCCCUGCAGGCAACACAUAUCGAGAUGGCUCGUUUUCAAAACCGAAGCAUCCCGGCAUGUGAGCUUGUGCUCUUCCAAAUGAAUAAUAUCAUUUCUAAGUCACUUUCUCCUUCUCUGGGGAAGAACAGUCUGGAAGUUCCCGUUCCUGUUCGACCCAUUUCACGGUGCUCUAACCCCGACAAUAACAGUAUCCUGGCAGAUGGCGGACGCCAUUCAGGGGCCACUACAGUUCCAGAAACCCUCCCUACCCAAAAGGACCUCGAGGAAAGAACGAAUCUUCUCAAUGAGAUUAGCUUCGAGUUACAAAAACAGGAUACCCGCACAAGCCCAGCCCCGCGUUGCUGUACACUAUUCGGCCUGGGUGGGCAGGGGAAGUCUCAGCUGGCCCUAUCGUACAUGGACAAGCACAGGUCGCGCUAUAAGUAUAUGUUUUUUGUCAGGGCAGACUCAAGGCCUAAGCUAGCCCAAGGCUUCGCCUCUAUUGCCAGAAGGCUCAACCUUCCAGGGGCAGACGAAUUUGCCGAUCCCAAAGACCUACAAAGUGUGGUGCUUGAGUGGCUAAACACUGAGAAAAAUACGAAGUGGCUAUUGACUUUUGAUAAUGCCGAGUCAGCAAAGGACCUCGCAGAGUUCUGGUGUGCAGAAGCCCAAGGAGAUAUUCUUCUAACAACUCGCGAUGCGAAUAUGGCCAUGAAACUUCCCACCUCUUCUGCGCAUAUCGAAGUCAGAGGAUUUUCAAAGAUCGAAGCCGUGGAUUUCUUGAUCCGGCAAACCGGCGAAGAACGUUUGGCAACAACAAUUGAAACCUGCGAAAGCAUCGCGCGGCAAGUGGGCUUUUUGCCUAUGGCGUUGAUGCAACUGAGUUGUUUUGCAUUUGAACACUCGGUGAGCUUAUCAAAAGUGAAUCAACUGCUUUCUCUAGAAGGUCAGACCGGAUUACUUUCAGAGGAAAGCGAUAUAUCGGCAAGGUACUACGAACAUUCCUUUAAAACUGUGUGGGCCGCUGAUCUCAACUCCCUUGAUCACAAUUCCGCAGCUUUCUUGAAUGUUCUCUGCUUACUUGACCCUGAUCACAUCCCUGGGACUUUAUUUCAUGGUAGAGGUCUUGGAAAUCCGUUCUUCAAGAGUGAGAUGGAAUACCUUCGUGCAUUGCGCCCCCUCAAGAAGUUCAAUAUCCUGCACAAGAGCAAGGACGACGACCUGGAAAUCCACCGGUUAGUGCAACAAGUCCAAUUGGAUCGUGUGGAGCGGGCAGACCGUAACGAAGCAUUUGAAAAUGCCCUCAAGGCAGUUCGCACUGGGUUUCCCAAACAGUACCUCGGAAUGCAUAUGAAUAGGUUCUGGCCACAGUGUGAAAUUUUCUUGCCACAUGUUCUAUCAAUCGAGACUGCCUUUCGACAGCGGAGCUUUGACACCAGCAGUGCCGUGGAUUUCGUCAAUCUUAUAUGUGAUGCUUCAUGGUAUCUGUUUGAAACAGGUCAACUUGAAGAGGCACUUGCUAGACUCCAAACCGCCGAUCAUCUCUGCAAAUCCUUGGCUCCCAGCGAAGCUCUCCACAAGGCACGUGUUUACAUUGGCCAAGCUAUCAUUCAUGCUCAUCGUAAUGAGUAUCAAAUUGCUGGUCCUUUGUAUCAGCGCGCUUGGAGUAUCCGCAAACGUCUUUUGGGUUGCGACGAUCAUCUCCUUGCCAACAGCUACAUGCAGGUGGCCCUCACAUAUACCGCGGAAAAUAAUCUUCAUCAAGCAAUCGACUUCCACAAGACAGCAAUCCGUAUUCGAGAAAAGGCUUCCCAUCGCGCGCCAAGCUUAAUGGCCCUCUCAUAUCUCAAUCUAUCGAGGUGUCUGAUGAUGACGAAGCAGUACGAAGAUUUAGACGUUACAUUGCGAGAGGUAGAACUGCGCAUAGGAGAUUUGGAACCAAGUGAACGUACCGCAUUUCUAGGAGGUCUAUACUACAUCCGGGGCAACAUGAAAUACGAGCAGGGAGAACUUGACAGUGCCCUGAACUGCCAUCACAAAGCGCGUGAGCUACGAGAAGCAGACCUCGGAGUCCACUAUUACACAGCAGCAUCCUAUCAUAAGACUGCUGUUGUGCAACUUGCGCUACGUCGAAACACAGAUGCGUUAUCAUCUUUGCGGUCAGCACUUGAGAUCCUCAACCAGCUCAAAGGAGCUUCAAUUUCGGGAAGGCUAGCAAGAACCGAAAUUCUCCUAUCGCAGGUGUUACAGAGCCAUGGUAGUGGCAUGCAUGCAGAAGCGCAGAAGAUGCGUAUUGCUGCGUAUCAGCACUACAAGGACAGUACUGGUAAAGAUAUCAUUGAUGGUAGUACUGUUGACUUUGAUUCUUUGGUUCCUUUUAUUGACAGAUAG